CGCAGCAUUUAGCAAUGCCAUUUUAAAUGCUCUUCCACCGGCAUGGCUCUCAGGAGGCUCAUUCAGCAGAACCACAACGCCAACUUCGUGGGCUUCGGUGCCAGCCCAGCCAGCGCUGCCGGCGGGGAGCCGGCCCUGCCCAUGGACAGCAGGAGGAUCCAGCACCUGGCCAACACGGUGGGGACGCUGCCCCGCGGGCGCAAGCAGCUUGCCUUAACCAGAUCCAGCUCCUUGGGUGACUCAUCCAUGCCACAAAGACACCUCGUUGCUAUAUUGAAAGAAGAUAAAGAGACGUUUGGGUUUGAAAUCCAGACUGUUAGAUUUGCGCACCAAAAUGAUAACUCCCUGGAGGUAUGCACUUGCGUCUGCAAAAUCCAAGAAGAAAGUCCUGCCCAUCUUUCUGGCCUUCAGAUGGGCGACAUCCUCGCCAGUAUCAACGGCGUGAACACUGAUGGGUUUAGUCACAAGCAAAUAGUAGACUUGAUAAAGUCUUCAGGGAAUUAUUUAAGGUUAGAGACUGUCAACGGGGCCAUGUUUCUGCGGAAAAUGGAGCUCGAGACCAAGCUGCAGUUACUGAAGCAAACCCUGCGGCAGAAGUGGGUGGAGUUGCGCGCUCUGCUCGCACAGGAACGGCGCUUGCUGCACGGGGAGGUGAACGACAACGCUCUGCUGGGUGCGCUGGAGCUGGAGGAGUCUGGCUUGCUCGAUGGCGGCAGCACGGCGGGACCGCCCUUUCCGAGGACACCUCGCUUCUCCAGCGAGAGCAGCUCCCGCAGCCGGCUGAGCUCCAUGACCCUCGACAGCGAGGACGGCUUCUACCAGAGCGGCGCCUUUGAGGACUCAGCGGCAGAGAGCCUGAGCCGCCAGUCGAGCGUGGACGACGACUGCUUCUUCCCCAGGGACGGGGAUGGGGGCGCCGCCGGCAGGAUCUCCCUGCGGAGGAACCGCAGCAUCAGCCUGGCCAGCAGCGGGUCCAUGUCCCCGCUCUGGGAGGGCAGCAGCUGCACCAGUAGUUUUGGGACCCUGCCGCGGAAAAGCAGGCGAUCCAGUGUCCGAAAGCACCUUUUGAGGUUCAUUCCAGGACUUCACCGGGCGGUGGAAGAGGAAGAAAGUCGGGUGUGA